AUCAUUUGAAGCCAGCAAUCCGUCGGCGUAUGACCACUGCCAGCCCUGUCGCGUUCGAUACCAUGGCAUGGGUGCUCACUGACGGUCAUCCAUGGUGGCCUGUCUAUGUGAUUAAUCCUGCCCACAUCCCGCCAGAGCUCAAAGCGUUUGGUCAGUUGGAGCGCGAGUCUGCCGAAACGGCCAACGCCGACGACACACGCGUGCAUCUCGUGUUCAACUUUGGUCGGCACACAUUGUCUGUGCACAACAUGGACGCGAUGAAGGCAUGGAAUUGCACUCAACAUCCUACACUGCUUCAAGGCUACCCGAUGUCGGCCUUUCGAAAGCGAGGAAACAUCGCCGAAUUUCGUGAUGCAAUGAAAGAAGCAAUGGUGUUCGAUGCGGAAGACAUCGCCACUCGUCGAUUGCCUCUGUCUGAACCACACAACAUGGACAAGGAAAACCAAGACCCGAGCACCCCCAACCGCGAACUCGUGAGUGCCAAGGCAGACGGCGACCUUCCUGGCCCCGUUUGUACCGUCGACAUUACUUCGCCAACUGGGCCAAGCCUUACCACUCCAAUCCAUGGGGACGACAAUGACGAGUGCCAUAUUUCUCCGCCGCCGCCCAGUCAGCCAAGCGACGGGGGCAUCGAACUACCUCCACAAGGAGUUGCUCUUGGGAGUAAGGCCAAUGCCAGUCCACCCCCCUUCCUGGCAGUGCCUGACGAACCAUGCACAACCAUUGGGGCUCCGCAAGUUGAGCCCAGUCCAGUCGAUGCGUCUGACCUCCCCCCACGCGAAGGACCGUUGGAGUGCCCCAACGUUGUUGACGAGCCCGUGGCGUCGAGUUCCGCGACCGACGGCACGGCGCACGCCGACGUUUCGGACACGGUGGCGACCCCACAGAAGUCCGAUUCCGCCGCCGACGAAGCCACCAUCACCCAGAACAACGAGGAGGAAGUAGAUGGAAUGUUACUAGCCGGGACGUCAGAGAACGAUGGAACUGUGAUUACCGAGAUCGUGUCCUCGUUGGUCGACCGCGUCAUCACCGCCGUCCUUCCCAUGUCCAGCAAAGAAGACGACGAAAAAGAUGCCAUCGCAGGCAAACAGGCCGAGCCAAGCGAUGAUGUAGCGCUCGACACCGCUCGAAUCUCUCUUCCAGACCAGGGAUAUAGCAGUAGCAGACGUGUGGCCCCUGCACCACCCAAGCGCGACGACGCCGCAGAAGAAGAAAGCGGUGAAAUUGCGCCGACUGGUCAUCUCGUGGAUGCACCGAUCAGCUCACCCACCACGGCGGACCAAACGAAGGCGUCAAUGGACUCGUCGUCACCCGUCGGCAAACCAGCUGCCCCCAUCGACCAGUUUGCCAACGCGCUAGCCGACCCAGAGCUCAUGGCCAUGGCGGAUAUCUUAGGCAUUUCUAUUGAACCCCACACUCCAACGCAACAGCCCAGUGUCACAGCAUCGUCAUCGUCAGUAGCGAUCGCGUCGACAAAAGCAGUGUCACAGGCCGUUUCAACUGGUGAAUCCACCGGCAGUCCUGUGGUCGACAGCAUGGGAGUGGACACGAUGGCGUGGGUGAAGCGGGGCGCGGGGCCGUGGUGGCCUGUGUAUGUAUGUGACCCCACGACCGUGCGACAGAAACUCAAGCUCUCAGGGCCAAACCACAACAUGAUGCUGUAUCGAGCGACGACCCACCCCGACAUUCGGCUCGUGUACUUUUUCGGCCUCAACAAACUCGGCAGUACCAAGCUCAGUGCUCGACGAAUCAAGGCGUGGAAUUGUGCCGAACAGAAUGCGUUGAUGUUUCCUCCCAUCUCGCACUUGGAGUCCAAGGCCACGUUGGAUGCCUUUCGCGCGGCCGUCACGGAAGCCCAGGCAUACGUGGACUCUUCCGACAAGGUCCUUCCUGCAUUAUCAACCGCCGCGCACGCAGCGGAAGCCACACCCACGAAACGGUCGCUAGACGUGGACGGCAGAACGGCUGACUACAGCUCUGACGACGAGGAUGCUGCAGUCGGCAUGUCAGUUGAGGCCGAUCAUCCGCCGCUGCCUGUUGGGGUGGUGGCGUGGGCCAGAGCGAACAACGGCCCGUAUUGGCCAGUGUAUCUCUGUGACCCGACGACGAUUCAGUCCAAAUUGCGUCACCUCGGCAACCGCCAUGCUGCGCUGUUGACUCGGGCGCGAAAGCAUCCGCACGAGUACCGAUUGGCCUACGUGUUUGGCAAACAUGAAUUUGCGUUGCACAAGGUGUCGGGUCGAAUGAAAGAGUGGAAUUGCCCCGACCAGCUCGAGUUGAUGCAAGGAGAGCACUCUGGGCUACGCCACGAAGAACUAUUUGAAGACUUUUCGUUGGCUGUGAUCGAAGCCGAGCAAUACCUGGCAGCGGACGACACCUCUCGAACGCUGCCGCAGUUGACCAAAGCGGAUAUGGGGAUGUCUGGCGACGACGAUGACACAAGUGCUGCUCUAUCAUGUCAAGGUUUGUUUAACGAACCGUCCAACCACCGACUAGAACUCGACCAAGGACACGCGGAUGAGGACGGUGGUGCGGUGGUGGAUGUGCCGUUUGACUGCCUGGCGUGGGGACGGUCCCGCGGGUAUCCGUGGUGGCCAGCUUACGUGUGCGACCCUCUCCACAUGCGUCCGGACUUGGUCGCAUUGGGAGGAUUGAGCAGCAGUAAUUACAGCACGGCCAAGCGCAACUUGACGGGGUGUCGCCUGGUGUACUACUUUGGCCGAAACGCAUUUGGCCUCUUGAAGGCACGCGUCAAGCCGUGGAUGUGUGGCGAACACGCAACGUACGCCCGAGGCCACCCAAUCGAACAACUGGCGGCGCCCAGCAUGGACGCUUUGUUUACGAAAGCGAAGGCCGAAGCAUUGGCCUUCCUGGACAACCCAGCCUCUGCGUUUUCAAUCAAGCCAAGCCCUUUACACGUUGCUAUACUGCCAAGUAUAACUGGGGACAGUCCUCACGUAGCGCAUCCAUAUCAAAGCAGCAGCAGCAGCGAUCAUUUGGUGCUGACAGAGCCAAAGAAACGAGGUCGUCCGCCGAAACCACGCGAUGGGUCCGCCGAUCCGCCGUCGAAACGAAGCCGUUGUGCUGUCACAACCGCCCCUUCUGCCUCCGACGGUGUCGACCCGCCACCCACAGACUCGACAAGCGGCGGUGGAGGCGGGGAAAGCCAACAUGGCAAUGCGGACGACAGGGCACCCAAUGACGGGUUGGAGCCGACUGACUCGACCGAAUGGUUUUCAAACGCUGGCGAGUCGUCCGAGCACGAGGACGGCGACGACGACGACGAUGUCGCAGAUGUAGCGAAUGGGUCGGUCGGCUGGACCAGACCCCCCGGGUCCCCGUGGUGGCCAGUAUUCGUGUGCGAUCCGAGUCUAGUGCGGGACCAUUUGCAUUUCUUGGGCGAUGCCCAUCAAGCAGUGUUGGACAAGGCGAAACACGAUCCAAACGUUCGCCUUGUGUUUUACUUUGGCAUGCAUAAAUUGGGCCUUGUGAAAGGAAAUAGCCGAAUUCGAAACUUGAAGCCGUGGAAGUGCCGCGACUUCCACCUGUUUGUCCAAGGAUACCCCGCCGGCACCGUCCAAGGCUCGGUGGUGGCCGCGAGCUUUUUUACUGCGGUGCAAGAAGCGCAUACGUUUGUAGCAUCCGAUGAAAACACUCGAGUGCUGCCGCGCAUGGUUCCGUCAGACAUGGACCCGCUCCUGGAACCUCCAGCUCCCGCGAGAACCACGCCCCAAGACAGCACGAGUGCCGGAGGCGACGUCGUACCCAUCAACCCUUCGAAGAAGCGACCCCAAAUCCUGGCUAACAUUCCCAUUGGCCAAGUAGCAUGGUGCAAGCCGUCCCGGAGUCCGUGGUGGCCAGUGUAUGUGUGCGAUCCUGCCAAUCUGCGACAGAGUUUGCACCACUUGGGAAAACAACAUCGCAGUUUGCUUGUCAAGGCCCAGCAAAACCCGACGGACACGCGCUUGGUGUACUACUUUGGCCGCUACAUUUUUGGCCUCGUCAAGCUCAACGGCAAGAUCAAGCCGUGGCGAUGUGUGGAGCACGGGGACUUCCUCCACGGGUUCCCCGAGGUCGCCAUGGAUACCCAGGAUGUUGUGGACGAGUUUUACAAUGCGUUGAAAGAAGCCGAGGACUACUUGGCGGCGGAUGAAGACACGCGGUUGCUGCCGUUCUUUGUCGAGUCGGACACGAAUCUGGACUUGGACCCGCCGCCCCCUUGUGCCGACAACCCCCACACAGAUGCUCGUGGUCAUAAUGCUGAUACGACAGUCGCCAACGAGCAAGCUGGGGACGACGAGGAAGUACCCCCUGGAAAUCACGAACGAUCAUCGAAUCAAGCAACCAGCAUCCCGCACGACGCUGUGAGUGACGUGGUGCCGACGACCGACGACCACGGGGAUGUGACUUCGUUGGAUUACUUUGGAUUGUACACGACACCGCCAAUGGAGCUUCCGGUGACGAGAAACAUUGCCAUCCAAGAAGGGCCGACGAAUCAAGUGGAAACAAAUCAUCACGAUGAGCCAGACUCUGUCCCGCAGAGCACGAAAGAGGUGGCAAGCGCCGCCUUGCCCCUGGAAAGCCUCGUGUGGGCUCGGUGGGCCGAUGGGUCGUGGUGGCCUGCGUACGUGUGCGACCCCCACAAGCUCAGGGACACGCUGCACAAUUUGGGCACGCGCCAUCACUACGACAAUAAGUGGACACUGGCCAAGAAAUCCGAGUCGGGGCAGCGGUUGGUCUACUAUUUUGGCCGCUACUGCUUUGGGCUGCAAAAGAAGACGCUGCAGCCGUGGAAGUGCGCUGACCACGCCACUUUUCUCCGUGGCCUUGGUCGCUUGGCUAUGCAAAACCGUGACACGUUCAUCAAAGCCCUCAUGGAAGCACAGGAUUUCGACGCUUGCGAUGCCACCGAGCGCCUGCCUCCGCACAUGGUGCCGUCCGACAUCAACCCACUGGUGGACCCGCCAUCGCCCGAAACAGCCUACUUCGUGCCGGACGAGCGAGCGGUUCGAAGUGAAAAAGCCAAAGUCCCCAGCGUCGUCUUGCAGGAAGCCGUGCCGGCAGCCGACGUGGACAUUGUAGCGUGGGCGAAGUCAGACGGGUAUCCGUGGUGGCCAGUGUAUAUUUGCGAUCCAGACAAAGUCAAGCACACGCUGUAUGCCCUCGGCAAUGGACACGAUUUCAUUUACAACGAGGCGGUUCGAAAACCAAAAAUCCUUCGGAUUGUAUACUUUUUUGGGUCCCAUCGAUUUGGCUUGUCGGAAGUCCAUCCCAAAGCGAUUCAAACUUGGCAAGCCGAUAACCACGCGGUGCUGCUCCAGGGAGUGCCGAAGAAGCUCAUGCAGCGAAAAGGGAUCGUUGACGUGUUUGCGACUGCGAUGGACGAAACAAAUAAAUUCAUUGCGUCCAACGAACCUGUGCUUGUCUUUCCCGAUGUUGUGGACGAAGAGCUCCAACAUGACACGCUGGACCAGGCUCAACGCACAUCAUCAUCUGUCCAUGAAUCAAAACCGGACAAAGCAGAGCCAGUUGACACGAUCGCGUUCGACACGGUCGCGUGGGCGUAUCUGAGUGGCUUUCCGUGGCUACCGGUGUAUGUGUUUGAUCCGUUUCGGCUCAAGCCAGAGCUCGAACACUUGGGAAGCCGCCAUGCGGAGGUCCUCAAAGAAGCCCAACAGCACGCCGACACGUAUCGCAUCGUGUACUAUUUUGGCUCGCACAACUUUGGACUGCACAAGACUCCGAAUGUGACCCUGCGACACUGGGGGUGUGCCGAGCACGACACCAUGUGCCUCCCCACGCCAAGCAAGGCCAAACGGUCGUCGUUUCGCAGCCAAGUAAAGAAGGCGCUGGCCGAGGCCGAUACGUAUCUGGCGUCCAGCGAACGUAUCCGGUUGCUGCCGAAGUUUACCGCGUCAGACAUGUAUUCGCUGGCGUCUGCCGACCGCUUGCGUGUGUCGGUUGCGAAAACGCAAGCGCAACGAGCCCAUCGCGAAGUACCACGCGGAAGUCGUCCGCCCCCUUCCUCCAAGGCGGCACGCCCGAAACCGCCAAGUCCGACGAAAGCACGUGCUAUAACGACCACCAAACCAUCCACUGCGACCAAAUCAACGGCAUCCCGAGGAGCCCCCCCCAUCAAGCACGACGUCGACUCGGAUGACUCUGAAACGUUUGAAAAGCUGCUGAUAAAGCACGACAAAGCACUGAAGUCCAAGGCCGCCAAGCCAAGUGUCGACCUGAUUCCGUACAACUGCCUCGCGUGGGCGCUGCUCGAGGGGUACCCGUGGCUUCCCGUGUUUGUAUUGGAUCCGUUCACGUUGCAAGCUGACCUCCACCUCUUGGGAAGUGGCCAUGGUGCGAGUUUGCGCAAAGCCAAAAAACACCCCGACCGCUACCGCAUCGUGUACUACUUUUGCUCGCACAACUUCGGACUGCACACGCAUCCUGCCACGACGCUUCGGCCGUGGAACUGCCAUGAGCAUGCUUCAUUUCUCACUGGCUUUCCAAAGAGAUCGUGCCGCGGCAAGAAGAUUCUAGAGGAUUUGGUGGAUGGCGUCCGAGAAGCCGAUUGCUUUGCAGCUGCGGCUCCGGACACUCGACUGCUGCCGUACAUGGUUCCGUCGGACACGAACCCGACGCUGGCGCCGCCCUCGCCGCAGUUUGUGCCGUACAAUUCACUAGCAUGGGCGAUUACAGAGGGAUUUCCAUGGAUGCCUGUCUAUGUCUUUGAUCCGUUUCAGUUGCGCUCCAAGUUGACGCAUUUGGGGAGUGGCCAUCGAGACCUUCUCCGACGGGCACGGGCCGCGCCCGAAACCACCCGCCUCGUGUUUUAUUUUGGCUCGCACAGUUUUGGGUUGCACAAAUUCGAUGGCACGUUGAAGCCAUGGAAUUGUUCGGAGCAUGGCCAAUACUUGGAAGCCAAGGCGGAUUCACUCUUGUACAUCAAGAAGAGCGUGAUUGAGCAAUUUGACAUUGCCAUGGACGAAGUCGAGGUGUUUUCUUCGAUGGACGAGGGCCACCGGUUGCUUCCGUACAUGGACCCGUCCGACUUCGACAACCCGCCGACGCUGUCCCAGCCCCCGAGUCGCCACGUCCGGACGGCCCCUCGCUCCCGAGAGGCGUCUCCGCCCCGCAAACGCGCCGCCAAGCGCCUCCGGUUGUCGAACGAGGACGUCCCAUCGAAGAGCCGGGCGCAAGUUGCCGCGGCGCAUGAGCGGGCGGUGGAAGUGAAGCGCGCGUUCGAGGCGAGGAUGGCAUGGGUGCAGUGGGACCGAGUCGUGUGGUGGCCAGUCUACAUUUGCGAGUCGAAACCAGUCCACCGAUAUGUUUGGGGUACAUGAGUGGACGCCUGAAAAAAAUGGAUAUAUAUAUAUAUAUACGAGGGGGAUCUAAUCGGUGCAUUAGACUCGGAACGGCAGCACAUGGAAUCGACAGACUAUUCCUCCACGUUGGUCCACGUGUAUCAUUUCGGCACCAAAGCCUUUGUUGAGCAUGCGUUGAGCUCCAUCAAGCCAUGGCGAUGUCCCGAGCACGAUGCGAUGAGUCAGGGUCCACUUGCAUCGACCGGCGGCGUUAAGGAUUUGUUCAAAGCUGCGAUGGCAGAAGCGGAGGAGUUUGCGGACUCCAUGCCCACGCAACCCACGGAGGACGACGCACCGGAUGAAAGCGACGAGGACCCAGGAGUGGAAGAAUUGGGCGAGCCGGAACCACUCAAGUCGCCUUUUGACGACGAAGACAGUGGCGAUGACAUCAUGAGCGACCAUGAUGACCACCACCACAGCUCGGAAGAAGAAGAGUCUGCCGACAGCGACGACAACGACGUGUAAAUGCACAUAUAUGAUUGUUAAUGAAUCUAGUACGUGUACCUACUA